GACAGUUCUGAAGAUGGAUUCUGACCAUUUUGACAUUUGCGUGUGAAAUUCAAUACUUUAUUGAAUUCUUUUUUGUCGUGAAAAUUAGCAGUUCGAAGACAAUUUGAUAAAUUAAAAACCACAUUCCCAGACAAAAUGGGAAACACAGUAACGGCAGCCGAAGCUGUAGCCGGUAAUUUGAUACAUCCAGUGGGAACUGAGAAAGGCGUUCAACACCAUCACCACCAAGGUAACUACAAGGAAGGCGUUCCUCCACCGGAAUGCCCAAUGCACCAGAAAGUACAACCACCACCGACGAGCGGCGGCGAGUGUCCAGUAGGGUAUGGAAACAAUGACAUCAAUCCACUGAACAUGAUGCCAGCACCGAAUCAACAGCCUGCGCCAGAUCAACCCUUCUCAUUACCCACAGAACGUCAAAUUUCAAAUAUACCAAAGGUCACACCAGAUGGUUCAACUGAAUUCUGGGUAUAUCCCAGCCAACAAAUGUUUUGGAAUGCCAUGCUCCGGAAAGGAUGGCAAUGGAAGAAAGACGACUUGAAACAGAACGACAUGGAUAAUAUAAUCAAAAUACACAACGCCAACAAUGAACAAGCUUGGCAAGAGGUUCUGAAAUGGGAAGCUUUGCACGCAAGAGAAUGUGGCCAUCCGAAAUUGAAGAGUUUCGGCGGAAAGGCAACACAAUACAGUCCUAGGGCGAGGAUACGAAGCUGGAUGGGUUACGAACUGCCAUUUGACCGUCAUGAUUGGAUCGUUGAUCGAUGUGGGAAAGACGUUCGUUAUGUAAUUGAUUAUUAUGAUGGCGGUAUGCCUGAUAAUAAUUUCAAAUUUGCCAUUUUGGACGUGCGACCCGCUUUCGAUUCGUUCGAAAAUGUGUGGGAUCGAAUGAAGGUCGUUUAUAUGCGAUACAAGUACGCCAAUGACGAGAAAGCGUCCAAAGAGGAUAUCAGUUAAAUGAACUUCGAAAAAUGUUCUAGUGCGGAAUGUUGGUGACACAAAAACCUACUAAAAAUUGUUUGUGCUCUGCCGAUCAAAAUAUGCUAACGAAAUCAUUAAAUUAAUUUCCGUUGAGAAA